UUAAUUAAAUUAAAAUAAUUAAAACUCAAAAGUUACUAAUUAUGUGAUCAUGACGUUUUUAAAUAUCUCACAAAUUGUGACGUUUGCAUAUACAAUAUAUAUGUAUAUACAUAUAUAUAAUGUAGCUGUUAAAAAGAGCGAACGUGCUGCUAACCAUAGCAACAAAUAUUUUCAUGUAGCAAAUGUCAUUUUAAGUAGUAAGUAGUUUACAUCUUGUCUUGUUUUGUGAGUUGGCACAUCGUUAGUGUACGAAUAAUUGAACGCUCUCUUAUGUGGAAAGGAGAAGAACUUGUGGCUAAACAAAGGACGUGUCUAUAUAGGAGUGGUUUUGAGAAGAUUGCCAGAACGUAGAAAGAAAAGGAUAGUAAAAUACUGAGGGAGAAAGAGUGUCUGUGUCGAAGCUUUAUCUUUAUUAUGCGUUAUUGAGUGGAUUGUCAAGAAACCAGAAAUGGCUGCCAACGAGCAUCAGCAAAAGGAACAACAGGAGUCGCGAGAACCUGCUCAUCAUGCAAGAAGACCGAUGAAUGCAUUUCUAAUUUUUUGUAAACGACAUCGUGGCUCGGUUCGUACAGGUUUUCCUCAUUUGGAAAAUCGAGCUGUGACUCGAGUUCUCGGCGAAUGGUGGGCCACACUUAAUCCAGAUCAAAAACGUUCAUAUACAAAUUUAGCACAAGAGUAUAAAGAUGCUUUUCUAAAUGCAAAUCCAGACUUCAAGUGGUAUAAAUUGCCGGCACCGCCGCUUCGUACAUUAUCAACGCGACCGACAAAUAAAAAAUCAGAAGCAGGAUCUAGUGACAUGAGUCCCGAUGAAAUGAAAGAGGAAAAUUCUUCUUUAGAUUUUUCCGAAUCUGAAAGAACAGAUGGUGAAGCAAUUCAGCCUGGCAAAUUAGCGGAUGAAUCGCAAAUUGGUGGACUCAGCUCUUUAUUUACACCACAGAAAGUUCAAUCAACCGAUAACGAUGAAAUAGUCAAUCACUCAACACCGAAAAUAGAAACAGAAAAUAAUUCCACUCCAAAACCGCCGAAAAAACGUUACAUCGAACUACCACUUUCCGUCGAACAAAAAGAGGAAUGUAAAGUCGAUUUGUUUGGCGACAAGAACAAAACUAGAAAAGAAUCAAAUAAUAAUCAUCAAACGGAAAUGGAUGAAGGACGAAAUGAGGGUAAUUCUUAUUUUGAUGAUUCCAAUGCUGAAGAACAGAAUUUUCGCGGUGAAAGAACAUGCAAAGGAUUACGUUAUCAAAAAUUUCUUGCCGAGCAGCAGAGAAAUUUUAAUUCCUCAACUCAACCGAAUAAACGUAGAAAAAUAUCUGGAACACGAAGUGUUCCGGAAAGAACCGAAGGAAGGAGAAAUUCAAUCUCAUCGAAUGUUAGUGAAAAAACCGAUUCUCUCAGCAGCGAGGGUAAUAGUUCUCGUGGAGAUUUAGAACAUCUUGUUGAAAGCGCCGAGGGAAACAUCGAGGCUUCCAAACCAGAAGAAACAGAAACUGAAGGUGCCGAGGGAGAAAUGGAUUUUGGUCCUUGGAGUCAUAAACGAUUCAGGGCUGAGGACUUUAAUUUAGAGAAGAAAAUUGAAGCACUCCCCUCAUUGAGUUUAGAGGAAUUUCAGGAGAAGAAAAAACAGCAACGUACCAAAAAGAAGAAGAUUUUGCUUAAGGGAAAUUCAAAUUCGUCGAAUAAGAAAAAUUUCGACAAUCUCCCAUCUGGAAAUGAUAGUAGCAAUCAAAAUAAUCAAAAACAUUUAAGGCCUUCAGAUGAAUUAUUGAAAGAGGAGGAAAAAAAUCUUGUUGGAAGUCAAAAGCGAAAGGCACGAAAACAGAAUAUAACACGAAACGCUGCUCUGACCACUUUAUCUAAACAAAACAAUGACCAAGAUCCAAGUAAAUCUUGGUGCGCUUCACCAGAUCUCGAGGCUCUGGCGUGCCUUGCAACUGUUGCAGCAAACCGUACAAAACUCACAAAAUCGUAAGUAAAUGACUGAAGUUCGAUAAACAUUACUUUCUGUGAAAUCGAAGGAUUUUAUAAUAUAGAUGGAUUUUUGAAAAAUGGCGAUGCGAAUAAUUAUUGUACGAUAAAUACAAACGGUGCUGCUACUUUUUAUAAUCAUAUAUUGUCAUCUUUGUCGCUAUCACCAUAUAUAUAUAUAUUAUAUAUUAUCGUUGUACCACUGUGGAAAUCGCUAUUGUUAUAUGAAAAAAAAACAAACAAAAAAGAAUAUUUAUCGUACACGCAAAAUUAAAAAGCGAAAUAAUAUCAACGUAUAUAAGACUUCCGUAGUUUAAGAAAGGAUGGUAUUUUUAUUUUAGAGAAUCGUGCCCGAAAAAUAUUACCGAUUUUAUAAAAUUUUUUUUAAAAAAAAAAAAAGAGGAAGUAAAAAUUCCUUAAUCAUCCUAAAAUUGACGUGUAAAAUUAAUAUUUUGUACAUGAAAAAUAUAAUUUUUCAAUAUAGGUAUAAUAUAUAGAAAAUUGAUUACUUAUUAGCUAUAUCUAAAUUUUUUUAAAUUCGCGGUUUGAAUAACUUAAAAUUCGGGUAGUUUAACUCUCGGUUAAAAAAGUAUGUAAAUAAUAAUGAUUUUCUAAAAUUUUUAGAAAGAUUUUAUAAUUGCCUUAUUCGGUUUUAAUUGUAAUAAUGAAACUAAAGUAUUUUCUUUUUCAUGUAAAAAUCAUGUACAUAAGUAGAUAAUUUUUUUAAUCUGAUGAUAAGAAAAAUACACUCAAACGUUGACGAAUAUCAUUAAUUUUUAUUUAUUGAUAAAGAAUUUGAAAGAAAAAAAAAAUUGAUUAAUGAUUGUUUAACGUAUUUCUUGAAGCAUUUUUAAAUGAAAAAAAAAAUAA